GUCCAUGUGGGGAUGCAGACCAUUGCACCGUGCACUGGGCGUUGGUAUAAAAGAGCCGGGCUGGGAUCAACUGCAGUGACAUUAUUGGUUAGUCAGCUUCUGCAGCAGCAGCCGGAAAAUUUACCACCAGUAAAAUGAAUAAAGGGCUAUUACUCGUGACGAUCCUCUGCCUAACGACCUGCAGCCUGGCAGCUCCUGCUCCCGAUCCUGCUCCAGAACCAGCUCCUGCUCCUGCUCCAGCUCCAGCUCCUUCGCCCAGCAUUGGAUAUGGCAUUGGACAUGGCUACGGUGGUUAUGGCCUGGGACUGGGCCUAGGAUUCGGACACUAUGGCGGUCACUAUGGCGGCCAUUACGGUGGACAUUACGGAGGACUGGGAUUGGGCUACCAUGCACCCAUCAUCUCCAAGACGAUCAUCGGUGGCUAUGGCUACGGCCUGGGGCACGGAUAUCUGGGUGGCUACGGACAUGGACUGUACGGCGGACAUGGUCUGGGAUACGGACUGGGUUACGGCUAUGGCCAUGGCUGGUAGAGAUGCAGUGCACCCAGGCCAAGUGCGGUCAGCCCAAGUGGAGCCAAGGCGAGCGUGCAACAUGUGAGAGUUUCCAAACGAGUCAUUUACUUCGCAGUACCCAAAACAUUACGAUAGCCUUAAUCAGUCAAUCACUCAGCAAGUCAAUAAAUCAAUAAAGACAAAGCAACACUGUAUAGAAAACUAGUUUCAAUGAUCAUAGGUUUUUCGAAGCUCGGUCAUAGCUAAUUUAUGUAUUUAUGGGUUUAAAUUCAUAUUUUUCAAAUAAAACAUAGAUGUUAGUCAUUA